AUGGGCCCCGACCCUGGACCGGCUUUUUGCCCUUGGGACCUGGACAAGCUGCAGAAGUUUGACAAGGCCCAAGUGCCAGGUCCUCUGCCUGUCACUGGUCAUUUAGAUGACUGCACUUGUGAUGUAGAGACCAUUGAUGCCUUCAACAACUACAAACUUUUUCCUAGAUUGAAUGAACUUCUGGAAAGUGACUAUUUUAGAUACUAUAAGGUAAAUCUGAAGAAACCUUGUCCUUUUUGGAGUGACAACAGUCACUGUGGAGUAAGAGACUGUGCUGUGAAGCCCUGCCCAUCUGAUGAAGUCCCUGAUGGAAUCAGAUCUGGAAGUUACAAGUAUUCGGAAGAAGCCAAUAACCUUGCUGAAGAAUGUGAAGAGGCCAAGAGACUUGGAGCUGUUGAUGGCUCUUUAAGCAAGGAAACCCAGCAGGCAGUGCUGCAGUGGACACGGCACGAUGACUCUUCAGACAGUUUCUGUGAAGCUGAUGGUAAAGGGACCUGUUUGGCUGAAUACCUCAACUCUCUGCUGAACCCCGAGCGCUACACGGGCUACAAAGGGCCAGAUGCCUGGAAGAUCUGGAACAGUAUUUAUGAAGAAAACUGCUUCAAGCCUCAGAAUGUAAAAAGACCUUUGGCAUCUGCUGGAGAUGAUGGAGGGCACACAUUUUACAAGUGGCUGAAAGGUGUCUGUGUAGAGAAACGAGCUUUCUACAAACUCAUUUCUGGUCUCCAUGCAAGCAUCAACAUCCACCUGAGUGCCAGGUACCUUUUACAAGAUACCUGGGCAGAGAAGAAAUGGGGCCCCAAUGUCACUGAGUUCCAGCAGAGGUUUGAUGAAGUCCUCACCAGAGGGGAAGGUCCCAGAAGACUCAAGAACCUGUAUUUUCUCUACCUGAUAGAGCUGAGGGCCUUGUCCAAAGUGCUGCCCUUCUUCCAGCGCCCAGGAUUCCAGCUCUACACAGGGAAUAAAAUUCAUGAUGAGGAAAUGAAAUCCCAGUUGCUGGAAAUUCUCCAUCUGGCCAAGUCUUUCCCUCUGCAUUUUGAUGAAAACUCAUUCUUUGCAGGGAAUAAAAAGGAAGCCACUAAACUAAAGGAGGAAUUUAGGCACCACUUUAAGAAUAUUUCCAAGAUAAUGGACUGUGUUGGCUGCUUCAAAUGUCGACUGUGGGGGAAGUUGCAGACACAGGGCUUGGGCACGGCACUGAAGAUCCUCUUUUCUGAGAGCCUGAUAGAAAAGAUACCUGAAAGUGGCCCUUCCUAUGGAUUCCAGCUGACCAGACAAGAAAUCGUUGCCUUAUUUAAUGCUUUUGGAAGGGUUUCAACAAGUGUGAGGGAACUGGAAAACUUCAGGAACAUCUUAAGGAAGAUGCAGUGA